AUGCAGGGCACACCGGUUAAUAUCAUUGUCGGUUCUCAUAUUUGGGUUGAAGACCCUGAGGUUUCUUGGAUCGAUGGAAAAGUUACGAAAAUAAAUGGACAAGAAGUUGAGGUCCAAACAUCUGAUGGGAGGCAGGUUGCAGCUAAUUUAGCAAACGUAUAUCCUAAAGAUGAGGAUGCACCUGCUGGUGGGGUUGAUGACAUGACCAAACUAUCUUAUUUGCACGAACCAGGAGUCUUGCAGAACCUGUCAUUGAGAUACCAGCUCAAUGAAAUAUACACGUACACUGGAAGCAUUCUUAUUGCCAUCAAUCCAUUUCAAAGACUGCCUCACUUGUAUGAUGGCCACAUGAUGGAACAAUACAAGGGCGCGCCAUUUGGUGAAUUGAGUCCUCACGUGUUUGCCAUUGCAGAUGUUGCUUUCAGGGCAAUGAUCAAUGAGGGAAAAAGUAACUCUAUACUGGUCAGUGGAGAAAGUGGUGCUGGUAAGACUGAAACUACUAAAAUGCUUAUGCAAUACCUCGCCUUUUUGGGUGGCCGUAAAGGCACUGAAGGGCGAACUGUAGAACAACAAGUUCUCGAGUCAAAUCCCGUCCUUGAAGCAUUUGGGAAUGCAAAAACUGUUCGAAAUAACAAUUCAAGUCGAUUUGGUAAAUUUGUUGAAAUUCAGUUUGAUAAGCAUGGAAGAAUAUCAGGAGCAGCAAUUAGGACGUAUCUUCUUGAGAGAUCUCGUGUUUGCCAAGUUUCAGAUCCCGAGCGCAACUAUCAUUGCUUCUAUCUUCUUUGUGCAGCACCACAGGAGGAAAUUGAGAAGUAUAAGUUGGGACAUCCUAAAACAUUUCGCUAUCUAAAUCAAUCGAAUUGCUACGAAUUAGUUGGUAUAAGUGAUGCACAGGAAUAUCUGGCAACAAGGAGGGCCAUGGAUGUUGUCGGGAUAAGUCAAAAAGAGCAGGACGCUAUUUUCAGAGUUGUGGCCUCUAUUCUCCAUCUUGGCAACGUUGAAUUUGCUAAGGGGAAAGAAAUUGAUUCAUCAGUACUUAAGGAUGAUAAAUCAAAAUUCCAUCUUCAGACUGUGGCGGAGCUUCUCAUGUGUGAUCUUAAUGCACUGGAAGAUGCAAUGCUGAAGCGUGUUAUGGUUACUCCGGAAGAAGUUAUCAAGAGAAGUCUUGAUCCUGAUGGUGCAGCAGUUAGUAGGGAUGGAUUAGCCAAGACGAUAUAUUCUCGCUUGUUUGACUGGUUGGUGGACAAAAUAAAUAAUUCAAUUGGUCAAGAUCCAAAUUCAAAAUGUCUAAUUGGUGUUCUUGAUAUAUAUGGUUUUGAAAGUUUUAAAAGUAAUAGUUUUGAGCAGUUCUGCAUUAAUUUUACGAAUGAAAAGCUACAACAACAUUUUAACCAGCAUGUUUUCAAGAUGGAGCAGGAGGAAUACACAAAAGAAGAGAUUGACUGGAGCUACAUAGAAUUUGUUGAUAACCAAGAUGUCCUAGAUCUUAUUGAAAAGAAACCUGGAGGGAUUAUUGCUCUUCUUGAUGAGGCCUGCAUGUUUCCCAAGUCUACGCAUGAAACAUUUUCACAAAAGCUUUAUCAGACAUUCAAAUCCCACAAACGUUUUAUCAAACCAAAAUUGUCCCGUACGGAUUUUACAGUUGCUCAUUAUGCUGGGGAGGUUCAAUACCAAUCUGAUCAAUUUUUGGAUAAAAACAAAGACUAUGUUGUUCCUGAACAUCAAGAUUUGAUAUGUGCUUCCAAAUGUUCAUUUGUUGCUGGCCUUUUUCCUCCAAUCCCAGAGGAGUCAACCAAAUCUUCAAACAAGUCUUCUAAGUUUUCAUCAAUAGGUUCUCGUUUUAAGCUACAACUUCAACAAUUGAUGGAUACGCUGAAUUCCACAGAACCUCACUACAUUAGAUGUGUUAAACCUAACAACCAACUUAAACCUGCUAUUUUUGAGAAUGUCAAUAUCAUGCAGCAACUACGUUGUGGUGGUGUGUUGGAGGCAAUUAGAAUCAGUUGUGCCGGUUACCCUACUCGCAAGUCAUUUUAUGAAUUUCUUAAUAGAUUCAGCCUUCUUGCUCCCGAGGUUUUGGAAGGGAACACUGAUGAAAAAAUAGCAUGCAAAAAGCUUUUGGAGAAACUGGGUCUUGCUGGGGCUCAGAACGGAAAGACAAAGAUCUUCCUGAGAGCUGGUCAGAUGGCUGAACUAGAUGCCCAUAGAGCACUCAAACUUAGUAAUGCAGCAAAGACAAUUCAAAGGAAGAUUAGAACUCAUAUUGCUCGGACACAUUUUCUUGCUUUGCAGAAGUCAGCAAUUUGUAUACAGUCCCUAUGUAGAGGAAGACUUGCUUGCAAAGAAUUUGAUCGUAUGAAAAGGAAGGCUGCUUCUCUCAAAAUCCAGACAAGUUUGAGAGGACUUUUGGCUAGGAAGAAUUACACAUCACUCAAAUACUCAGUUGUUGUACUGCAGACAGGGAUUCGGGCAAUGGCUGCUCACAAAGAGUUUAAAUAUAAAAAUCAAACCAAAGCUGCAACUAUUAUACAGGCUCACUGGCGCGGUCAUAGAGCUUUUGCAUACUACAAGAGACUCAUACGGGCAUCGAUUGUGACGCAAUGUAGAUGGAGAGGAAAAGUUGCUAGGAAAGAGCUUCGGAAACUAAAGAUGGCUUCAAGAGAAACAGGUGCACUAAAAGAAGCAAAGGAUAAGCUUGAAAAACAGGUGGAAGAUCUUACGCUGCGUUUACAGCUGGAAAAACGUUUAAGGACUGACUUAGAGGAGGCAAAGGGACAGGAAAUUACAAAGUUACAGCAGUCUUUGCAAGCUAUGCAAAGCAAAGUGGAUGAAACAAAUGCAUUACUUCUCAAAGAACGUGAGGCCACUCAGAAAGCAAUUGAAGAGGCCUCCUCAAUUGUCCAAGAAACUCCUGUUCCAGUAGAAGAUACAGAGAAGAUUGAUGCUCUAACUGCAGAAGUUGAGAACUUGAAGGAAUUGAUGCAAUCGGAAAAGGAACGAGCUGAUACUUCUGAAAGAAAAGCUGCUGAAGUCCUAGAAUCUAGCAACGAAAAGAGUCAGAGGUUAGAAGAAACUGAAAAAAGAGUUCAUCAGCUUCAAGAAUCACUGAACAGGCUUGAGCAGAAACUCACCAACUUAGAAUCAGAAAAUAAAGUUCUUCGCCAGCAGGCUCUAGCCAUGGCUCAGAACAGUAAAUUGAUAUCCAGAAGUUCAAGGUCAAUUAUGCAGAGGGUGGAAAGCUCAAAGACAAAUGCUGAAUUGCAUAGUACUACGAUGAAUGCUAGAGAUCAAUCAGAUAUGGAAGAUAGACCUCAAAAAUCUCUCAAUGAGAAGCAACAAGAGUAUCAAGAUUUACUGAUACGAUGUGUUGCACAGCAUUUAGGCUUUUCUAAAGGCAGACCUGUUGCUGCUUGCAUUAUCUACAAAUGCCUCCGGCAGUGGCGUUCAUUUGAGGCUGAGAGAACAAGCAUUUUUGACAGGAUAAUACAAACCAUUGGUGUUGCUAUUGAGACUCAAGACAAUAAUGAUGUGUUGGCUUACUGGUUAUCCAAUGCAUCAACUUUGUUGUUGAUGUUGCAACGCACAAUGAAAGCUGGAGGAGGUGCUGGUGCAGCACCACAACAUCGGCGAUCACCAUCAGCCACUCUAUUUGGGAGAAUGACUCAGAGUUUCCGCAGCACCCCGCAAGGCGUUAAUCUUUCUUUACUAAAUGAUGAUUCGGUCGGUAUCUCACUCCAAGUAGAAGCCAAAUACCCUGCUUUACUUUUUAAACAGCAGCUAACUGCAUAUGUGGAGAAAAUAUAUGGAAUGAUCCGUGAUAAUUUGAAAAAAGAAAUUUCUCCACUGCUGGGGUUAUGCAUUCAGGCUCCAAGAAUAUCCAGAGAAAACUUAAUUAAAGGAACAGCGCGCACACUAGCAAAUGCUGCUGCACAGGAGAUUUUAAUUGCUCACUGGCAAGGAAUCGUAAAGAGCCUGGCGAAUUUUUUGAACAUAUUAAAAGAAAAUCAUGUACCUUCAUUUUUGGUUCGAAAGGUGUUCACACAAAUAUUUUCUUUUGUCAAUGUGCAGUUAUUUAACAGCCUUUUACUAAGGCGAGAAUGCUGCUCAUUCAGCAAUGGUGAAUACGUCAAGGCUGGAUUGGCCGAACUGGAACAUUGGUGUUACAAGGCAACUGAGGAGUAUACAGGUUCCUCUUGGGAUGAGCUCAAGCAUAUAAGACAAGCAAUUGGAUUUCUGGUCAUACAUCAGAAGCCAAAGAAGACUCUGGAUGAAAUAAGUCAUGAUUUAUGUCCCGUGCUCAGUGUUCAGCAGCUCUACAGAAUCAGCACCAUGUAUUGGGAUGACAAAUAUGGCACACACAGCCUAUCUCAAGACGUUAUAUCUAACAUGAGGGUAUUAAUGACUGAGGAUUCAAACAAUGCCGUCAGCAGUUCAUUCCUGCUAGAUGACGACUCAAGCAUACCAUUCUCAGUAGACGACCUUUCCAAAUCAAUGGAUCGAUUUGAUAUUUCAGACAUUGAACCACCACCACUUAUUCGCGAGAACUCAGGCUUUAGCUUUUUAUUGCCACAAGUGGAAUGAUCACUCCUAAUCAAAUUUCCGUCUAAAUGUUUGCCAAUACAUUCUCAUUAGUGAGGAUACAAACCGAAAGGUCAUAUUUCAAUAAUGUAGUGAAUGAACCAUAAAGAACCUCACAUUGUUUGAUGGAAGUUAUCCCAUCUAGACAAGAUGAGAACCAUGUGCUCGAAAUUCAAAUUGGCAUCCAUUUGUGGUUGGUCCAAGUGCUUGUCUGUUUGUCCGAGGCAGAUUAUUUUAACCAGGUGGAAAGAUCAAACUAAUCAUCAAAUGUUGAAAUUUUUUAGUUCACGGUUCUCUUUUGGAAAAGUGAGAUAGUCUUUAAUCUUUGAUGACUUUCCAUAUAUCUUUUUAGUACAUCUUUUCCUUUCUUUUACAUUGAAAAUCUCGAUAUGAAAACUCGUAGUGAUGCAUGAGGUAGAAACCGAGCACUCAAUAUGUUGAAACUAUAGGAAGCCAUCCUUAUUUAUGGACUUUGCAGUGUAUUUCCUUAUAAAUAGUAAUGAAAAACUUAUUUUUGAUUCUUA